GUUGAAGUGACGUUCUACAAAUUAUCCGAUUGUAUCCACCCUGUUUCCGAAGUACAGCUGCCGCUUUUCGCCCACUGGGUCUGUGGUGUAAAAUAAGGUAAAAUGGCGCUGAGUUCUCAAGGAACAAAGAAAAAAGUUUGCUACUAUUAUGAUGGUAAGUACUGAUUUGCCUUUACAUUGAGUAAUUGUACAAUGUGCUUUGUUAGAGUGGUGCAAAUGGUUCAAUUUGUGGUCAGAUUAGCCCGCUAGCUAGCUAACGUUAGCUAGCUCCGAUGUGCAAACGUGCAGCAUCCCUUUGUGCAAGAGCGAGGCAUUUCCAAAUUCUGUACAUUGAUCUUUCAGAAAAUUUUCACUAAUGCCAAAUAUUAUCAUCCAAUGUGUAAUAACGUCAGGUUACUUGUCCACUAUGUUCAUGUCGUCGAGUUAGCUAGUUUGGGCAAAGGCAGAACACACUGGUAAGACCCAUUAGCUAGCUAUGCAAGCAUUGGAAUCCACUAAGAUAGCAAGCUAGCUAAUAGCUAGCAACAACGUUAGCUAUUACUAGCUAACGGUAACCUAUUUCACUUCCUGGACGUAAUAAGCUUGCUAUCAUUAUAGUGAGUCUCUACAAAAAAUGCACCCAGUUCCGUUGCAUUGGCCAGAUUGUUUGCACGUUAGUGGCCGUCCAUUAUCCGCAGAUGUGCAUGUGUUGUGGUCCGAAUUGUUACUAUUAAUCAACGCAAAAGUUGUUUGUUAUUGCAGUGUUGCCUUUAAAGGUUUGCAAUCUAGCCAGACUAUGCUGUACUGGACAACAAGCUAGGAUGAUGCAUACAUUGGAUAUCUGUGCUGAUGUACACUUUCUUCCUCUCUCUUUAUUCAAAGGUGAUGUUGGGAAUUACUACUAUGGCCAGGGGCACCCCAUGAAGCCACACCGUAUCCGCAUGACACACAACCUCUUGCUGAACUAUGGUCUCUACAGAAAGAUGGAGAUAUACGUAUGUUGAAAACCUUGAAACGAUUUGUAAGCUCAGAAGAAAGCCUGCAAGCUCAAUAGUUCCCAGUUGAAAAAGUAAAGCCUGGUUUGUAAGGUGUCAGUAAUUGGUCUUCUCCAUGUCUCUGUACAGCGACCUCACAAAGCCAAUGGGGAGGAGAUGACCAAGUACCACAGUGACGACUACAUCAAGUUCCUGCGUUCCAUUCGGCCAGACAACAUGUCAGAGUACAGCAAACAGAUGCAGAGAUGUGAGUUUGGGGCAGAGAUGAUGUCAUGCCUCAAUAUACCUAUACAUUUGAGCAGUGAAAAGUCACAGAUAAAUAUUUUUUGGAAAAGCAUCUAGUAAAGCUUUGUCAUUGUUUUUGCUGCUCUCAUGGAUUGUGUAUUAACACAUUUUCUGCAAUUCCCACACAGUUAACGUUGGAGAGGAUUGCCCUGUGUUUGAUGGCCUGUUUGAGUUCUGCCAGCUCUCAACAGGAGGUUCUGUUGGUAAGUUAAUCUGUCAUAUUCACGUGUAGCAGGGUUUCUGUUAGUCGCAAGUACCGGCUUUUGGCCAACAAAAAAUGAAAAGCUGAUAAAUAAUACUGUUGGCGGCCAAAAUGACCCCCCCAAAAUAAUCCCAUUGCAAAAUAAUGCUUUUUAGUCAUUGAUGGAAAUACAUUUGACCGGUCUAUGGGUUCAUUUGCAUACUUUAGUGGAAUUAAAUCGGCGUGUGUAUUUUUGUUAGUCGUCGUGUAUCUUACUUCUCUAACACAACUAUUAUACGCGCACAGCGUGUAUCUUCUCUAACACAACUAUUAUACGCGCACAGCGUGUAUCUUCUCUAACACAACUAUUAGACGCGCACAGCGUGUAAUAGCGUGUAAUUUUGAGUGGGAUUUCUGCUGCAGCUCCUCAGCUUUUUAUACGCCCAUUCAUUGCGCAACAAUUAUAAAUGCAAUCGCAUGUUUUUUCAACUGGUAAUUGAAGCGGGCCUCCCAUUCACCAUUCAAGUGAAGGCAACAGGAUGUCACCCACCACUUAACAAUGUGAGCUGGAGGCAGUAUGCAUUUUAAAAACCUACUUAAUUGUUUGAAACCUGGAUGUUUUAUUUCAUAUUAUGAAAUAUUAUGAUUAUUAUCUUACCUUGCUUCAAAGUAGCCUAUAGGCUAAAUCCAACCAUGGAAACAUGGAGGCAAUUAUUUUACAAUGACAUCAUAGGUGGCUCGUGGGUUUCAAGUUGGGGGAAGCUUACAAUUUAUCCUACCAUUUCUACCGAUCUGUGUGCCAGUUAUGAUUUUCAUAUGCAUAUUUUCGUGGAACUGUUUCAUUUAAAUAAUGUAGUUUGUUUCUUAAAAUCAUUGUCACGUGGUUAAUCAUACAAAUCGGAAUAAAAUGAUACCAUUUGAAAAGUUAAAUUUCAACUAAUGCAAGAUCACCAGCCUCUGCCAUAAGGACACAUUGAUACACCGUGAUCCAUUGGCUGCUAAAGAAAUGAGCGCAUGGAACUCAUCGCCUAUAGGCCAUUGUAGCAGUAGGCCUAUAACUUCCAUUGCUCUUUCACCCCGAGGCUUGGUGAUUAUCGAGGGGGAGAUUGUUGGAAAGAUCUUUCAAAUAGCCUACUGCGAGGAACUGAAUUUUUAAAAUAUUAUAAUCCGCAAUGGAUGUAAAAAAAAAAAUAUAUAUAUAUAUAUAUAUAUACAUACAUACACACACACACAGUGGGGGGGAAAAGUAUUUAGUCAGCCACCAAUUGUGCAAGUUCUCCCACUUAAAAAGAUGAGAGAGGAAUGGGAUACUUUUUUCCCACACUGUAUAUACGGACUUACUGUGUGAGGUGAAGAAAAUGACUUAGAAGCUCCACUUAUUAGUGGUGGAUGUGGUGAGUUAAGACUAUCAGAAAUCAGACAUCCCCAAAUGGGCACUUUCCUACAUUUCUGCGCAGCAGGCCGGGUACUUCUAUGCGUGCUCAGGUGCGCACACUCCCUCAACAUUAUCAAGACAGAAACCAGACACAUGCUCAUUGUGCACAUAGAGCACUCCAAACAAAAGACAAUGAAAACAUUGACAAAUCUUGUAAAUGAUGGUUAUGAAGUGAACCAAAAAGUAUUUCUCACAAGUGUAGAAGGUUGUGAACUCUGCAAACAACGUUUACGCUCCGCGAAUGAGAAUCGUAAAUUACAGAAAUUAAUAUAACCAAAUGAUGGGGAUUAACGGUACAUUUACUGCUGGUGACAUGUAAUGGAGAAUUGAUCAAAAUAAACAAUCAAAGGGCGAACAAUUCACACAAUGAAUCAAUGAAUGUGCAAGAAUUGGCGGGAGACAGCUGAAUUCUGGAGAGAGACUCCUAUAUCUUCACCACACACCCAUCCCUUUCUUGUCUCAACAUACUCAAGACACAUUAUCUUCACACACAUUUGAGAUGCUUUUCACUGAUAGCCGCAACUCAGUAAUCAGCUAGGAAUAUUGCCACACAAGUCAUGCUUUCUGGUGAAGUAUUUCAAAUGAUUUUAUUUAUUUCUGUAUAGACAUGAGUAAUUAUAUAAUUUUGGCAAGUUUAUUUCAAUUAACUUCCCUAUUGGACCCACCGCUAUGCCAUUUCUCUCCUGUUCUAUUGGUUUUCAUAUCAACUUUCUUUCGUUGUCCAGAAGCCAAAGGCACAAUCCUAGUCAUAUUAGCAACCCAUCCUAGUUGUUGCAUCUUUAGAUACACCCUCUUUCUAAAUUUCUAACAGAUUUUCAUCUACAUAUGGAACUGCUCUCAUCAGGUGCAGUGUUUAGAAUGGUGUUUCCCCGCGAAUUGCAUUUUGGUAAAUGUUUCAAAAUGACAUUUUAUUGGCUGCUUCCUUACAGGAGUUGCAUGUUCUGUUAAGAUGAAUUACCAUCAUCUAAGUAUGAUUUGUCAUUCUGAGCACCGUGAGUGGACACCCAAAUUAAAACGUUCCCGGCCACAUUGUCUGGCGCCACAUUUUCUUAGCCGAAACCCUGAUGUGUAGGCUACCCCGUUGGAUGAGGCACAUUUUGCCUGGAAAGUUCGAAUAUUUUUCUGGCUUACUUGUCCUCUUCUGGGGCUGUCAAUUACAGGAAUAUAGCUAUAGUUUCAUGCUCUCUGAUUGGCUUCUCUUUCCCUGUGUUUUAGCUGGAGCUGUGAAGCUAAACAAACAGCAGACAGACAUUGCCAUUAACUGGGCCGGAGGCCUCCAUCACGCCAAGAAGUCUGAGGCGUCAGGUUUCUGCUAUGUGAAUGACAUUGUGCUCGCCAUUCUGGAGUUACUGAAGUGAGUCAAACAGCCCCACAGCACUUAAUGAAGUUUAUGUGAAAGUUUAUGUAGAUGUUGUAGCCUACUGAAUUAAAUAGUAACUUCACAUUGGGACACUAUAGAUACACCACAUUUAGGAGAAGGAUCAUUCAAUCUGUUAAUGGUGAAUCUUCUCUCCUCUCAGAUACCACCAGAGAGUUCUGUACAUAGACAUUGACAUCCACCAUGGAGAUGGAGUAGAGGAGGCGUUCUACACCACAGACAGGGUCAUGACCGUGUCCUUCCACAAGUACGGAGAGUACUUCCCCGGCACUGGAGACCUGAGGGUGAGUUUGAUAUUGUCAGGGGAUGAGAAUUGGCGGGCAUUGUUUAUUAAAGGACAUCCAAAGGAUACGUUGAAUUCAAACUUCAUGGCCUGUUGAUUGUAGUUUCCUACAGUCUUUAUUGGUCGACAUUGCUCUCCUCCCCCCUGUAACUCUUCCCCAGGUCGUUGCUGUAGAAUACAUGUUCUCAGUCAUCUUACCUGGUAAAAUAAGGGUCCGUUUUUUAAAAACUGUCCACACUUGUAGUUGACUGACUGUUAUUUCUCCUCAAGGAUAUUGGUGCCGGGAAGGGCAAGUACUAUGCUGUGAAUUACCCUCUGAGAGAUGGGAUAGACGACGAGUCUUACGAAGCCAUAUUCAAACCUGUAAGUCUACUCAUUUUUUUUUGUCUUUACUGUAUCUCAUCUCUCCUCCCUGUAACUCAAACAGACCCAAGUGUAGAUAGACCCUAUUCUUGUUUCCAUUUAGCCAACCAUAUCUUGUCAUCUAUAUCUGUGUGUAGAUCAUGGCUAAGGUGAUGGAGAUGUACCAGCCUAGUGCAGUGGUUCUUCAGUGUGGAGCCGACUCCCUCUCAGGAGACAGGCUUGGCUGCUUUAACCUCACCAUCAAAGGCCAUGCUAAGUGUGUGGAGUACAUGAAGAGCUUCAACCUGCCCCUGCUGAUGCUGGGUGGUGGAGGCUACACCAUCCGGAACGUGGCCCGCUGCUGGACCUAUGAGACAGCCGUGGCCCUGGACAGCUCCAUACCCAAUGGUGAGCUCUCCUGCUGCACCAUUGAUUUGUGUACUUUUACUUUCUAGUGUUACUAUCUUAACAGUUGUAUUUGACAGGUCAGAGGGCAUGAGUGUGUUUUUAAGGAUAGUUUCAACUAAAGCAGACACAUGUCACUACCCACCGUGUUAAAAUAUUAAUAUUUCUCCACAGAGCUUCCAUACAAUGAUUACUUUGAGUACUUUGGGCCAGACUUCAAACUGCACAUCAGCCCCUCUAACAUGACCAACCAGAACACCAACGACUACCUGGAGAAGAUCAAGUGAGUCAUAAGGAAAAAAUACUGUUCUAUCAUACUGUAUUAGUCAUGAUGUAAGUCGCUCUGGAUAAGAGCGUCUGCUAAAUGACUAAAAAUGUAAAUGAUGAAGUAAUGUGUCUAGAUUUGGUUCAUAGUAUCAAGUAACUGUUAUAUAAGCUACACUACAUGGUCAAAAUGACAUGGCCGAUCUCAACUAACCAUUUCUUUGUGGAUCUCGCUUUGUGCACGGGGGCAUUGUCAUGCUGAAACAGGAAAGGGCCUUCCCCAAACUGUUGCCACAAAGUUGGAAGCACAGAAUUGUGUAGAAUGUCAUUGUAUGCUGUAGCAUUAAGAUUUCCCUUCACUGGAACUAAGGGGCCUAGUCCGAACCAUGAAAAACAGCCCCAGACCAUUAUUCCUCCUCCACCAAACUUUUAAGUGUUCACUAUGCAUUGGGGCAGGUAGCGUUAUCCUGGCGUCCGCCAAACCCAGAUUUGUCUGUCUGACUGCCAGAUGGUGAAGCGUGAUUCAUCACUCCAGAGAACACGUUUCCACUGCUCCAGAGUCCAUUGGCAGCGAGCUUUACACCACUCCAGCUAACGCUUGGCAUUGCGCAUGGUGAUCUUAAGCUUGUGUGCAGCUGCUCGGCCAUGGAAAGCCAUUUCAUGAAGGUUGCGAAGAACCGUUCUUGUGCUGACGUUUCUUCCAGAGGCAGUUUGGAACUCGGUUGUGAGUGUUGCAACCGAGGACAUCCCAUUUUUACGCGCUUCAGCACUCGGCGGUCCCGUUCUGUGAGCUUGUGUGGCCUACCAUUUCCCGGCUGAGCCGUUGUUGCUCCUAGACAUUUCCACUUUACGAUAACAGCACUUACAGUUGACCGGGGCAUUUUCUUCCAGAGCUCUGUGAAAGAACACAGAGCUCUUCAGUACGGGUCAUUCUACUGCCAACAUUUGUCUAUGGAGAUUGCAUUGCUGCGUGCUAUAUUUCAUACACCUGUCAGCAACGGGUGUGGCUGAAAUAGCCAAAUCCAUUAAUUUGAAGGGGUGUCCAUGUACUUUUGGCCGUGUAGUUAUAGAUGUUGAUCAGGUCAUUUCACUUACCAAAAAGGUCAUAUUACUGCACUUAUGUUAUACAUAUGAUCCUUGAUGUGUCAUAUGAUAGUGUAUUUUUGGCACUAUUAUAGUUGUUUAGGGGAUGUCAUGUAGAUUGGGUGUCCCUUCAGGCAGCGUCUGUUUGAGAACCUGCGCAUGCUGCCCCACGCCCCGGGAGUUCAGAUGCAGGCCAUCCCAGAAGACGCUGUGCAGGAGGACAGUGGAGACGAGGAGGAGGAAGACCCUAACAAACGCAUCUCCAGUAAGUUCUUUGUAUUGAGAUAUGAUGCACAGCCCCAGCAAACACAUCUUGAGUAAGUACUUUGCCCAGUUUGCAAAUACACAGAACAAAAAUAUUAACGCAUGCAACGAUUUAAGAUUUUACUGAGUUACAGUUCAAAUAACUCUACCCACAUGUACAUAUUACCUCAACUAGCCGGUGCCCCCGCACAUUGACUAUGCAACGGUACCCCCCUGUAUAUAUAGCCUCCCUACUGUCACUUUAUUCUAUUGUAUAUAUAGCCUCCCUACUGUCACUUUAUUUUUUACUUCUGCUCUUUUUUUUCUCAACACUUUUUUGUUGUUGUUUUAUUCUUACUUUUUUUGUUUAAAAUAAAUGCACUGUUGGUUAAGGGCUGUAAGUAAGCAUUUCACUGUAAUGUCUGCACCUGUUGUAUUCGGCGCAUGUGACCAAUAAAAUUUGAUUUGAUUUGAUUUGAUUUGAUUUGAUUUGAUUUGAAAUAAGGAAAUCAGUCAAUUGAAAUAAAUUCCUUAGGCUCUAAUCUAUGGAUUUCUCAUGACUGGGAAUACAGAUAUGCAUCUGUUGGUCACAGAUAUCCUGUUUUUAAAAAGAUAGCGGCAUGGAUCAGAACCAGUCAGUAUCUGGUGUGACCAGCAUAUGCCCCAUGCAACGUUACACAUCUGCUUCGCAUAGUUGAUUGUGGCCUGUGGAAUGUUGUCCCACUCCUCUUCAAUGGCUGUGCGAAGUUGCUGAAUAUUGGCAGGAACUGGAACACGCUGUCGUACACGUUGAUCCAGAGCAUCCCAAACAUGCUCAAUGGGUGACAUGUCUGAGUAUGCAGGCCAUGGAAUAACUGGGACAGUUUCAGCUUCCAGGAAUUGUGCCGAUCCUUGCGACAUGGGGCCGUGUAUUAUGCUGAAACAUGAGGUGAUGGCGGCAGAUGAAUGGCACGACAAUGGGCCUCAAGAUCUCGUCACGGUAUCUCUGUGCAUUCAAAUUGCCAUCGAUAAAAUGCUAUUCUGUGUUUGUCCGUAGCUUAUGCCUGCCCAUACCAUAACCCCACCGCCACCAUGGGACACUCUGUUCACAACGUUGACAUCAGCAAACCUGCUCGCCCACACGUCUGCCAUGCCCGGUACAGUUGAAAACGGGAUUCAUUCGUGAAGAACACACUUUUCCAGUGUGUCAGUGGCCAUCGAAGGUGAGCAUUUGCCCACAAGUCAGUUACGACACUGUACUGUAGUCAGGUCAAGACCCUGGUGAGGACGACGAGUACGCAGAUGAGCUUCCCUGAGACGGUUUCUGACAUUUUGUGCAGAAAUUCUUUGGUUGUGCAAACCCACAGUUUCAUCAGCUGUCUGGGUGGCUGCUCUCAGACGAUCAUGCAGGUGAAGAAGCCAGAUGUGGAGGUCCUGAGCUGGCAUGGAUACAUGUGGUCUGCGGUUGUGAGGCCGGUUGGAAGUACUGCCAAACUCUAAAACGACGUUGGAAAGAAAUGAACAUUCCAUUCUCUGGCAAAAGCUCUGGUGGACAUUCCUGCAGUCGGCAUGCCAAAUGUACACUCCCUCAACUUGAGACAUCUGUGGCAUUGUGUUGUGACAACUGCACAAUUUAGUGGCCUUUUUAUUGUCCCCAGCACAAGGUGCACCUGUGUAAUGAGCAUGCUGUUUAAUCAGCUUGUUGAUAUGCUACACCUGUCAGGUGGAUAGAUUAUCUUGGCAAAGUAGAAAUGCUCACUAACAGGGAUGGGGGAAAAACACAUUUGUGCAUAAAAUCUAAGAAAUACGCUUUUUGUGCGUUUGGAAAAUGUGUUAUCUUUUAUUUCAGCUCAUGAAACAUGGGACCAACACUUUACAUGUUAAGUUUUAUUUUUGUUAAGUAUAGUAAGUAAUCUACCCAGUGUAUGCAGUGUGAGGCAGUUGGUGCGCGUGUAUGUGAGUUACUGUCAUACACUGAGAUGCUUAUACUCCUGUCUUCUGCUCUUGUGCAGUCCGUGCCCAUGACAAGAGGAUAGCAUGUGACGAGGAGUUCUCCGACUCUGAGGACGAGGCUGAGGGUCAAGGGGGCGGACGCAGAAAUGCAGCCAGCUUCAAGAAAGCAAAGAGGACAAAGACUGAAGAAGAGAAAGAGGGAGAAGAGAAGAAAGCGGGUGAUGAAAAGAAAGCUGAUGAGAAGAAAGGUAUCACAAUCAUUACUUCGUUCUAUAUCAGACAUACCACGUCCCAUUGAACAUGUGACUUUGAGGAUGAUUAUUUGUGUUGCUUCUUUGUUAUUCUAGAAGUAAAAGAAGAAAAGGUGCCAGAAGAGGAGAAAAUGGACACAACCACAAAGGGGUGAGCAAACAUUUCAAACACCCAUUUUAAAGGUGUCGUAUCAGAUAGUCAUCAAUAAAUAUGUUUGUUUGAAAGAAGACAAGUGAGUAAUUUUCCCUCUGUUUAUCCAACAGGCCAAAAGAGGAGUCCAAGACACCGUGAGGAGCUCCUAGCCCUCUUAAAGCGAUCGUACCUGUUCAGAAUGGUUCUGUUUUUCAGAGCAGUCACCUUGACUGGCUGCUGCAAAGAAUAUCCCUGAAGGACUAUACAUUUUAAUGACAGAUCCUGCUCCUUCAAAUUGGAAUGGGCUAAACAUGUAUUUUCUAGAACACAUACAUGUUGCUGUUCAAGGACCGAAAGUUAAAUGGAGAUUUCUUUUUUUGUAAGGACAGUUUUCUGUAUGCUUAGUUAGGCCCAUUUUGUUCUGAAUCUUUUUAUCCUAUGAAAACCACUUCUCCUUACUCAAACAAUUAUGUAGUCUAUAUUAAAGGCCUAGCACAAAGUAUUAUGCUUUUUAUGUCUUUUGGAUUUAAUUUAUCAUGGCUAUGUUUGCAACUCUUGUACCCCCACCCGUGUAUUUUGUCCCGUGCCUUUGGAAACGUAGUUGAAGCAUGACAUUUAGAUCCACUUCUCAAAGAUGUAUUCAUUCUGUAUUACCCAGAUGAGCAAUAUAGAAUACUGCUCCUACAGUACAGGAUGCGAUAAGACUUCCUUCCAUCCAUGUAUUGUAGUUUAGUACCAAACAAUGAUCUCUGAAAAUACCAAUGAAUGUUUAGGACCCAUGUCAUCUCAGCAUUUCAAUGAAAACAGCGUUCCUAGAUUUUUUUUUUACUUGAACGGGAUGUUCAAAAGUAUUUUGGUAAUGCCACAAUGCUUUAGUAAAGUUAGCCAAGCAAAAAUUGACACAUUCAGUGUUGUGUAGAUACCUGAUUUUUAUUCUGCAAAAAUGAAUUCCCAGGAGUGCUUGUAAACUUCAUACAAAUAUGAAGGACCACACAAUCUAUAAGACUACUUUUAGAAAACAAUAAAAACAAUAAGAAUCUACUAGUCUUAUUCAUCUACAGCGAUAUACUACAAUGUCAUUUAAUUGUUAAUUCAAAAACAUCUUCAGGUGCAGUUUGCUAGUUAUCAGCAUUGCUGUUGCUCAUUUUACGUGGCAGAGAAGUUUUAGUUAACAUACACUAUAUAUACAAAAGUACAGUGCAUUCGGAACGUAUUCAGGCCCCUUCACUUUGUCCACAUUGUUACAUUACAGCCUUAUUCUAAAAUGGUUUAAGUAGUUUUCCUCAAUCUACACACAAUACCCCAUAAUGACAAAGCGAAAACUGUUUUUUAGAAAUUUUUGCAAAUGUAUUUAAAGUAAUAAAUAAAAACGUAAAUAAGGUAUAAGUAUUCAGACCCUGGCCAAAAGGCACCCAAAGGACUCUGACCAAGAAACAAGAUUAUCUGGUCUGAUGAAACCAAGAUUGAACUCUUUGGCCUGAAUGCCAAGCGUCACGUCUGGAGGAAACCUGGCACCAUCCCUACGGUGAACCAUGGCGGUGGCAGCAUCAUGCUGUGGGGAUGUUUUUCAGCGGCAGGGACUGGGAGACUAGUCAGGAUUGAGGGAAAGAUGGAUGGAGCAAAGUACAGAGAGAGAUCCUUGAUGAAAACCUGCUCCAGAGCGCUCAGGACCUCAGACUGGGGUGAAGGUUCACCUUCCAACAGGACAACAACCCUAAGCACACAGCCAAGACAACGCAGGAGUGGCUUCGGGACAAGUCUCUGAAUGUUCUUGAGUGGCCCAGCCAGAGCCCGGGCGUGAUCCCAAUCAAACAUCUCUGGAGAGACCUGAGAAUAGCUGUGCAGCUACACUCCCCAUCCGAUCUGCAGAGAAGAAUGGGAGAAACUCCCCAAAUACAGGUGUGCCAAGCUUGUAGCGUCAUACUCAAGAAGACUCAAAGCUGUCUGAAAGGGUCUGAAUACUUAAGUAAAUGUCAUAUUUCAGUUUUGUAAAAAUUCCAAACUGUUUUUGCCUUGUCAUUAAGGGGUAUUGUGUGUAGAUUGAAUUGCUUGUUCCCCCCCCCCCCCCCCCCCCCCUCAAUCUAUUUUAGAAUAAGGCUGUAACGUAACUGUGGAAAAAAGUGAAGGGGUCUGAAUACUUUCUGAAUGCACUGGAUGUGGACACCCCUUGAAAUUAGUGGAUUUGGCUUUCAGCCACACCCGUUGCUGACAGGUGUAUAAAAUUGUGCACACCGCCGUGCAAUCUCCAUAGACAAACAUUGGCAGUAGAAUGGCCUUACUGAAGAGCUCAGUGUUCUUUCAACGUGGUACCGUCAGAGAAUGCCACCUUUCCAACAAGUCAGUUUGUCAAAUGUCUUCCCUGCUAGAGCUGCCCCAGUCAACUGUAAGUGCUGUUAUUGUGAAGUGGAAAUGUCUGGGACAGUCGUUCCCUACCUUUUUCGGUUACUGUACCACCAACUGAAUUUUGCUCUGCCCGGAGUACCCAUGAAGUACCCCCUCAUGUGCAUUUUAACAGUAGGCCCAUGGUCUCAUGAGUCUUCUCAAGUACCCCCUGUGGAUAAUCCAAGUACCCCUAGGGGUCAUAGUACUCCUGGUUGGGAACCACUGGUCUAGGAGCAACAAUGGCUCAGCUGCGAAGUGGUAGGCCACACAAGCUCAUAGAACGGGAUCGCCGAGUGCUGAAGCGUGUAAAAAUCGUCUGUCCUCGCUUGCAAAACUCACUACCGAGUUCCAAACUGCCUCUGGAAGCAACGUCAGCAGAAGAACUGUUCGUCGGGAGCUUAAUGAAAUGGGUUUCCAUGGCCGAGCAGCUGCACACAAGCCUAAGAUCACCAUGCGCAAUGCCAAGCUUCGGCUGGAGUGGUGUAAAGCUCGACACCAUUGGACUCUAGAGCAAUGAAUCACGCUUCACCAUCUGGCAGUCCGUCGGACAAAUCUGGGUUCUGCGGAUGCCAGGAGAACGCUACCUGCCUCAAUGCAUAGUGAACACUUAAAAGUUUGGUGGAGGAGGAAUAAUGGUCUGGGGCUGUUUUUCAUGGUUCGGACUAGGCCCCUUAGUUCCAGUGAAGGGAAAUCUUAAUGCUACAGCAUACAAUGACAUUCUAGACGAUUCUGUGCAUCCAACUUUGUGGCAACAGUUUGGGGAAGGCCCUUUCCUGUUUCAACAUGACAGUGCCCCCCGUGCAAAAGCGAGGUCCAUACAGAAAUUGUCGAGAUCGGUGUGGAAGAACUUGACUGGCCUGCACAGAGCCCUGAGCACAGAAAAGUGGUCUACAAGACAACUGACUCCAGCUAAAAUUUGACAAGUUAUCGGAUAUCCGAUUAGCAAUGUAGCAUACACGUAACUUCCUCCAUUCAACAUACAGGAGUCAUCUCUCCUGUGGUGUUAGAGUUCAAAGUUCACAAUGGGUUGCUAGCAGUCAGUGCAGGUGGUGGAUUAAUCCCUAUAGUUCAGGCAUAGCUGGUUCAGACCCAUUCACUCCUCUCUGUCGGUGAGUCAGGCUUCAGCAGUUCAUGUUGCUCUGCUGUUUCUGGCUCUGGCAGUGGAGCUGGAUUAGGCGACACUGAUGACGUUUCUCCUGGAGUCUGAAUGCACAUCUGCAACAAAGGCCAAGGGGUGUGAAUGAUGAUCAGCACACAGACACACCUCAGCUAUAGUGAAACAUGACCCGCACGUUAGUAAUGAUACCUGGAGUGUAUUCAUUAGUCAGAUUCCAUUGCAAAACGUUUUGCAACAGAAAUCGUUUUACUCCAAACGCUGUUGAGUUCAAUUUUGUUUUUAAACGGAAGUUGUAGUUCAGUCGUGUCUCUUCAAAAACAAUAAGCGACUAGAAGAAGUUGGAAGGAACUAUGUGGACUUCACUCCACUUUGGAGCAUGGGAGAACUAAUCAUUUAUAGAUGUGCAGCUUGUGCCAAACACUUCAGACUAUCGGAUUGGAAUGGCAACACGUGGAAACCAUCAAAUGAAAAUGAAUGGAAUCCGACUAAUGAAUACACCCCUGAUCAGCACAGUCAGUGAAACAUUUAGCAUUGCAGUUUGUAAGUGAAGGCAGGACUUUGUGACAAUGACCGAUGUGGAUACGAACCAGGGUCAUUCACACGCCUCAAGGCCGCAUUAGCCCACACCAGAGACCCACACCUAGGCUUCAGCUCUAUAGUUCUGGGAGCUAUUACAAGUCUUCAGGUCUCAGGCAAGAUAACUCAUCAUCAUGCGUGGGUAGUUGACCUACCCUCCUGGCAUUGACGAUCUUCUUGUGUCUCCUGCACGUAUAGAGGCGGAAGAUGGUGGUGCAGGCAGAGAAACAGCGGCCUGAGAACCACUUCCACCACAGACAGAAGGAUGAGAGGCACCCACAGAAUAAUAGCACUUCCCAAGGGAGGAACAAAGUUGAACAAGAACAAAGGUGUGAGUAUGGGCUUGUAGUCGAAUAG